AGUGGCUGUCGAGUGUAGCCUCUAGCUGCUAGCUCUUCCUCUUUCUCAUAAGCCUUUGUCAUUGACAGCUCAUAAUGAAAUCAUCUGAUUUAGUACUUAGCUGUCUGGUAAAAUAACAACGGAGAACAAACCGGAGCAUUUACAGAGGUGUUUGAAUGCAGCUUGACUUAUGAAGAGUGUGAGUGACUUGUAGAACAAUGGGGAAGCAGAGGGUGCCAGAUCUGUACAGAGCCCCCUUUCCCUUAUACUCCAUUAAAGUUGAUCCUAACACAGGACUGGUGAUCACAGCAGGAGGAGGAGGGGCGUCCAAGACGGGCAUAAAGAAUGCUGUGCACUUUCUUGACCUUCAGCUAGUUGGAGAACACCAGUACAGUGCCAGCCUCCUUCACUCUCAUGACACUGACACACGUGCCAACAUGAACCUGGCUAUAGGUAACGGUGUGAUGGCUGCAGGCCAGGAUGGGACCUGCUGCCUGAUGAAGUUUAAACACUGCACACAGAAAGAGGGCGGCAAAGCUGCUAAAGAUGGGAACAGCGUGCAGCAGGGGAAUGCCAGGAGACGAGCUGGGAAAGGAGACAGAGGUGGACAGGAUGGAGCUGCAGCUUCUGGAGAUAUGUCAGAUAUGAAGGAUGAGACGGCUCACAUCUCUGUCAGUGGUUUGGCCGAACUGCAGUCAGACCUGAACCCUCAGGACCCACUCCAGAAAGUUGUCCGGUUCAGUCCUGACCUGAGCCUCCUGCUGACAGGAGGCUCAGAUGGAUACAUCAGAGUCUGGGAGUUUCCAUCCCUGAAGAAGAAGUUUGAUUUCAAAGUACAUGAAGGGGAGGUUGAAGACCUGGAUAUGAGUCCAGGGAACAAGCACCUGGUGACUGUUGGCCGGGACUUUGCCUGCAGUGUAUGGAGUGGCAACCAGCUGGCUAUGAGUCUCAAAUGGAAUGAAACCAUGCCUCAAAUAGCUGACAAGACAUACCGGUAUAUGGCUUGCAGGUUUGGAAAGAUAGAAGACCAAAAAGAUGCCCUGAGGCUUUACACAGUCCAGAUCCCCCAUAAACGAGACAGAAAACCUCCUCCUUGUUACCUGACCAAGUGGGAUGGCAAGAGCUUCCUACCCAUGCUGACAGCUCCCUGUGGAGCCGAGGUCAUUUCCAGUAUGGCUGUCAGUGACUCGGGAACAUUUUUGGGCCUUGGAACUGUGACAGGAUCAGUAGCCAUCUACAUUGCUUUCUCCUUACAGAAAUUGUAUUAUGUCCAGGAGUCCCAUGGCAUUGUAGUGACAGACCUGGCCUUCCUUCCUGACUCGCUGAAAGGCAGAAAUAUCAAAGGGAACAAUGAAACAGCCAUGUUGAGUGUAGCUGUGGACAGCCGCUGUCAAAUGCACGCCGUCCCCAACCGAAGAUCCUUCCCUGUGUGGCUGGUGCUGUUCUUCUGUGGACUCAUGGUGGUGGGAAUCGUCCUCCUCCUGCAGUACCUCUUCCCUGGAUUUAUUUAAAUCAUGCAAAUGUUGUCACAGGUUAGGGCUGAUGGAGCUUUGAUACAUCUUCACAUUACUCACCGUGCCACUGUCAACAGCAGCGGUCCUCAGUCCAACAAACCAUCCAGACCUCUCAGUGCUGCAUCAGAUCAGCUGAGUGUGUGAAGGCUCUCCUGCUGCACCGCUGACUCAACAGCUUUUAUGGCACCCUGACAUUUCCCCCUCUGCUCCUACUCAGGGUUGUUCCUCUCAGACCUGUUCACCCAGUGGAAUCACACCAGGACAGACUGUGGGAUUUUUAUUUGCUUUGAUCUCUAUCAAUUACUCUUAAUCUUUUGUGGAUUGACGUCUGACAGCUGAAGGGCUCAGGUUCAUGAGUGUUUAAAGGGUGGGAUCUUUUUAUUGACAUAUUUAAUGAACUAUGUAAAAAUAUAUAAAUGAUUGACACAUAACGUGUCUGAUUUUGUUUUUUGUUUACACGCAGACACUUUCAAUUAGUUAUUCUCUUUGAAUAAUGACUUCUAUGAUUUUCUUUUCAUCCACUAGUGGGAAGCAGAGAACAGACAGUUGACAGACAUUUGG